CAGGUUUCGGCGCUAGCUUCUUGGGUCGAGAAAACCACGACGUUGCCACGGCGUAGUUUUUUACCCGCGCAAACAUCGUGCCAUAAAAAAAUCCACCUCAAUCACGAGUGUUCUUAGAAAACCGUUGUGCAGUGCAAUACGGAAAAUGGUCGACUCAGAUGAGAAUGAUGACAGUAAGAGUCAGACAAUGGAAAAAAGAUCACGUGAAUGUGAUUCUGCAGAUGAAGAAUGUAGGGUUCCUAAUAAAAGACCUCGUACUACGUCAACCGAGCUUGUAGAGCCUAUCGAUAAGGAAUCCAAAAGUAUCACUGCAAAAGUAACAAAUGGUAGUAAUUUGUCCUCCGAGGAUGAAACGCUUACCGAAAAAUGUGACGAGCAUGCCAAUGGCAACACUAAAGUCACCAGUGAUCAUACACUCAACAAAAAGAAGGCAGUUAUUAUGUUAACAAGGAUGAAUACAGAUUGUAACAAAAAUCAAGAUGAAAUGCAACCAGAAAACCAGAAAAUAAAGAAAACAAAAGGACCAUUAUUGGAUGAUAGUAAGAAUUCAGAAGUGGUGGAUGGACUGGAACUUUCGGUAGAAUGUGCCAGUGAUAAAGAAGCAUCCAGUUCAGAAAGUGAUGAAGUCAAGAGUUCUCAUCCAAGAUCCAAAACAAUUAUCAUCAAGGCAAAACCAAAUGAGUCCGAGCUUGAAGUUGGUUCAUCGGAGGAUGAAAAUUCCAAUGUUGGUGAAGUUUCAGAGCAUGAUGAUGCAAAACUUGGUAAACAAACAACAAAAAAGAAAACACUCACCCGACCUAGCAGUUCGAAGCCUAAGGAAAGAUCCAGGAGCAAUUCAGAUGACGAAGAUUACCUAUUUCAAAGUAAGAAUAAAAUUAAAAAAAAUGCAGCUUCUAAAAAAAUAUCGUCACAGAGAACAAAGACUGAGAAGCAACGCGGAACUAAGGAAAAACCAACUGAUGAUUCUGAAAAUGAUAUGUCUGAGAGCACUGAUGACAAGGUAAAAUUGCCAAAAACAGAAACUGGAAGGAAAAGAAAAAGCGCAAAAGAGUCGGUCACAGACUCUGAAGAUGAUGAAUCUGGAAGCGAAGGUGAAAAGACAACGUCGCACAAAAAACCUGUUGAGAAGAAACGAGAAAUCGAGCAAGAGUCUGUCACAACAUCUGAAAACGAUAAAUCUGAGAGUGAAGAUGAAAAGGCCAAAUUGUCAGGAAGGAAGACUGAAUCUAAACAAGGGGGUAAGAAAAAGUCAGUUACAGACUCUGAAGAUAAUAGAUCUGAGAGUGAAGAUGACAAAGAUUACAAAUUUAAAAGUAAGAACAAUAUCAGAAAAAACGAAGCUUCCAAAAAAAUAUGGUCACAGAAAAACAAGACUGAGGACAAACGCGGAAGUAAGAAAAAAUCAGUUAAUGGCUCCGAAGAUGAUAUGUCUGAAAGCAAAAAUGACAAGGUAAAAUUGCCAAAAACAGAAACUGGAAGGAAAAGAAAAAGCGCAAAAGAUUCGGUCACAGAGUCUGAAGAUGAUGAAUCUGGAAGCGAAGGUGAAAAGACAACGUCGCACAAAAAACCUGUUGAGAAGAAACGAGAAAUCGAGCAAGAGUCUGUCACAACAUCUGAAAACGAUAAAUCUGAGAGUGAAGAUGAAAAGGCCAAAUUGUCAGGAAGGAAGACUGAAUCUAAACAAGGGGGUAAGAAAAAGUCAGUUACAGACUCUGAAGAUAAUAGAUCUGAGAGUGAAGAUGACAAAGAUUACAAAUUUAAAAGUAAGAACAAUAUCAGAAAAAACGAAGCUUCCAAGAAAAUAUGGUCACAGAAAAACAAGACUGAGGACAAACGCGGAAGUAAGAAAAAAUCAGUUAAUGGCUCCGAAGAUGAUAUGUCUGAAAGCAAAAAUGACAAGGUAAAAUUGCUAAAAACAGAAACUGAAAGGAAAAGAAAAAGCGCAAAAGAGUCGGUCACAGACUCUGAAGAUGAUGAAUCUGGAAGCGAAGAUGAAAAGACAACGUCGCACAAAAAACCUGUUGAGAAGAAACGAGAAAUCGAGCAAGAGUCUGUCACAACAUCUGAAAACGAUAAAUCUGAGAGUGAAGAUGAAAAGGUCAAAUUGUCAGAAAGGAAGACUAAAUCUAAACAAGGGGGUAAGAAAAAGUCAGUUACAGACUCUGAAGAUAAUAGAUCUGAGAGUGAAGAUGAAAAGGACAAAUUGUCAGAAACAAAGACUAAAAUUAAACAAGAAAGUAAAAACAAGUCAGCUACAGACUCCGGUAAUGAUACACCAGACAGUGAAACAUCUGCGAGCAGUGAAGAAAUGAGUCUUGCAGAAAGAUCGAAAAAAAAAGCACUGCAAAGUGAGACCGAGAAAACUGAGGAACUUGAAAGUAACUCUGGAAGCUCGUCUGAAUCUGAUGAUCCGGAUGAUCGCGAUUAUGUAAAAUAUGAGAAUGAAAAACAGAAGACGGCAAAUCAGGAUCCGAAAAAAAACAAAAAGAUAAUAUCGCUGCGGAAGUACCUGACAGUGGCUGGGAUACGGGUGAAAUAUGCACAAGUAUGGGCUGGUUGUAAAACCAACGCACAACGGGUACGACGUCUGAAAAAAUUAUUGGAAGAUAGUGGGAUAAAAGGAAGACCAACAUUGCAAAAGUGCCAACGGGUGAAAAAAAGGAAUGAUACGAAAAAUGAAAUCGCUCAAUUAGACGUGGCAAAUAUAAUAUCCGAAGGUCGUGUUACUCGAGCUCGAAAAGCAAUGGAGGAUGAUAAAAGUACACCCAAUGCUAGAGCGGUCAGAAGGUUUAUUCAACCGGUUUGCGAUAGUGAUUCGGAAUAGAAUAUUUUUAAAGAUUUCUGAUCAUCGACCGAAUAAUAGUUGGCAUACACAUUUGAUAUAUAAUAAGAAAUGCGCUGAUUUACUGUUAACACAAGGAUAAAAUUAGUUUGGAGGUUGAAAAUGAACCAUUUUUUUAUUCUGUUAAUGACUUAGAGCGCGAUUAAAAGUGACGUAAGUCCGAUAUAGUAUUCCAAUGCCCAUCAUUUCAUUUUACUGGUGAAAUCUAUUCGAUAACGACCUUCACUUGACGAAUUAUAUUCAACUUUCCACUCAAAUUCAAGGAGUGAUAUUGAGAUAAUUUUAACAAAUUUGAAAAAUUAUAUUUUUAGCGAAUGAUUACUUAUUAUAACUACUUAUCAAAGUAUAAUAUGUUGAUUUUAUGUUUAUCUUAUCAUUUUAUGAAAAACAAUUGAAAAUCA